UUGUGGUAUAUCAGACUGUUAAUUAAUUUCGUUCUUGAAAGCUUCCCUUCCAUGUGCUAGUCUCCAUGGCUUAUUACUUCUUACUUGAUACUAUUGUAAAGGCCUUAAGGACCUUUGCAAUGUUAUCUCAAAAGCUUUAUGUGAAUUGAUUAUACAAUUGUCAGUUUAUUAGUCUUUGAUUUAACUAAUCAAAUUAUUAAAAAAACAUUGAUUGAAGAAGAAUUAGUUUUUUAUUACCUGCUGGUGGAAGAGGAGUAAAGGAAAAAUCAAAGAAGCUGGAGCAAAGAUCAAAGAUCAAGCCUUUUCUUUUUUAGAAUGAGAUUGUCGUUGAGGUUGUGGCUUGCGAGUGUACUCGUGCUGACACAGCUUGUGAGUGGAGCUCUCUGUUGGGGGAAGGAAGGUCAUUACACUGUCUGCAAAAUAGCCGAGGGAUAUUUUGAGGAUGAUACUAUAGCUGCCGUGAAGAAGCUUCUGCCUGAAUCUGCUGAAGGAGAUCUAGCAGCUUUUUGCUCAUGGCCUGAUGAGAUCAAACAUCUCUCUCAAUGGAAAUGGACUAGUGUUUUGCACUAUGUUAACACACCUGAGUAUAGAUGCAACUAUGAAUAUUGUCGGGACUGCCACGACGCUAAUAAGCAUAAACACUUGUGUGUGACAGGAGCAAUCUUCAAUUACACAAACCAAUUAAUAUCUGCUUCUAAAAACUCACAGAGUUUAGUCCACUACAACUUGACAGAGGCUCUCAUGUUCUUAUCACAUUAUAUGGGAGAUGUUCAUCAGCCCUUGCAUACUGGUUUUCUUGGAGAUCUUGGUGGUAACACUAUAAUAGUCAAAUGGUACCAUCAGAAAACAAAUUUGCACAAUGUCUGGGAUAACAUGAUAAUUGAGUCUGCUCUAGAAACAUACUACAACUCAAGCCUUCCAAGCAUGAUUCAAUCCCUUCAAGCGAAACUCAAGAACGGCUGGUCAAAUGAUGUUCCAUCUUGGGAAUCAUGUCAACUUAACAAAACAGCCUGUCCAAAUCAGUAUGCUUCUGAAAGCAUUGAUCUUGCCUGCAAGUACGCAUACAGGAACGCUACCCCAGGGACUACGUUAGGAGAUGACUAUUUCCAUUCUCGUUUACCAGUUGUAGAGAAGAGACUUGCUCAAGGUGGGAUUCACGUGGCAGCCACUCUUAACCGCAUCUUUUCUGCAAAACCGAAGCUUGCUGGAUCAUGAAACUAAAGAAAAAGAUCCUAGAGAACCCCACUUGGAUCAUCCAAGUCCAAUAACACUUUUUUAAAAGUCUUUCUAAACACUGUACGAUUGGUUGAGUGAACCUCCAACAAUUAUAAUCAGGUAACUUUGGUGUUUUGGGAAAAGGUUCCAAUAACAAACCACGCACUAAUGGGUAAUAUAACAAUAUACAUUUUUAAAAAAGUGGUAAUACAUC